UCUUAGAAAACGUCUGGAAACGUUCAAACUCCAUAAAGAAUGCACCAUUACGAGAAAAAUACACGGAGGUUCUGAUGGUGGGUGGUGGCGAACCGGGAGCGUCAGCAACAUAUAGUACAUGUUAUGUCCACGUAAUACAUACUGUAGAGGUAGAAUAUUAUUCUGGCCAGCAGAAAGAGCUGUGUAUAUGACCUCCUGAAGGCAGUAGGUAGGUGAGACACCGGUGAAUAACCAUCGGCAAGAUUCUUUUCUGACUUCAGCAGCGAUUGCAAGAAGUUGCAGCAGCAGGCGUGUGCACGUUGCAUGCGUAAGGACGUCCGCACUCCCGCGGGAUGUGUCUCGAGCGCCGCGUUCUCUGAAACUGGUAAAUGACAGCUGCGGUUUGAAAGAAGGACGGGCGUUGCUAAUGAAACCUGGACAAACAAAAGGCGGUGCACAGAUUAACGUCGUGCAGGUGCGAGUGUAUUAAAAAGAAUACAGGAUGGUCCCUGCACCCCAGCCCCCUGCUUUUAAUACAGCAGGUCAACACAAGGAGUUUAGUGAAAAAGGACACAUGUCACAAGCGCCAUCUGAAGUGGAGAAUGAAGUGGACAUAUUCCAGGCUGCGAAAACUGGGAAUAUCAAAGCAUGUUGGAAAAUAGUUGAAGCUCAGGGAACCACAGUUUUGAGACUGUUUGAUGACAAAGGACACACUCCAGUUCAUUGGGCAGCCCUCACUGGGUCUGUUGAACUCAUCAAGUACUUCAUAAACUGUAACGUUGAUGUGAAUCGCCAAAGUAAUUCUGAAUAUUUGCAAAGACCCAUCCACUGGGCAGCAGUGAAUGGGCACAUUUCUGUUGUGGAUUUGUUGCAUGAGGCUGGGGUAUCCCUUGAUGUGACAGAUAAAAGGGGGUGUACUCCAUUGAUACUAGCUUCCCAAUAUGGACAUACUGAUCUUUGCUGCUAUCUAAUUGGAAAGGGAGCUCAGUUAUACAGUUGUGACAAUGAAGGUGACAAUGCACUACACUGGGCAGCCUUUAAAGGUUACUGUGAACUAACCCGUUUGCUGAUCUACUCAGGAUUCAGUCCACAGCAAGCUGACAUUGUUGGACAGACCCCUUUACAUCUUGCUGUUCUAAGUGGAGACCUAUUGACUGUUCAGCUGCUUUGUGAACAGGAUUGUGUUGAAAUAGAAAUCCCAGAUAAGAAUGGAAAUACACCAUUGAUGCUCUCCAAAGGUCGAAAAUCUAAAGAGAUAACAUUGUACUUAGAAAAUGCUAUUUCUCAAUUUAGAAAUCAAACUCCAAAAUGUGAUUGGAGGCAAGUACUAUGUUUUUUUAAUAUUUUAAUAGUUAAAACACUUCAAAAAAUAUAUGUAUUCAUUUGUUACAGUACAUUAGUAUUUGGCCCUCCUGGGAAAUCAAAGGGUCCAAUCCUUUUCUUCUUUGCAUGCCUGUUCCUAUGGGGAUAUCCUACUUAUUUCACAAAGAUUAUUUCAGUCUCCUUUAACAAGCUUUGGGAGUUUCAUGUGGCCUUCCUGCUCAGCAAUGUAUUGAUGUGGUUUCUUUUCCUAAAAGCUUCAUUGAUGGAUCCAGGAUUUCUUUCUAGAGACAGUAAUGAAUAUGAUGAAACUAUCAGACAGUGCCUCGAUCCCUAUUCCAAUAACAGUUGGCACAAGGCAGAAACGAAUCCUGGACAAAGCUUCAGUCCAACACAAGGCACUUAUAACAGUGGCAAUAUAACACAUUUAGUGAAAAGAAGGAAAAUGGAUGUUACGGAUAAAACCCUCAUGAACACAGGGAGAAUAAGCAAACUCUACACAGAAGGCACCCCAGAUCACAAUGAAACUCCGGAUACAGCUGGUGCUGUAUUUUAUGAGGAUUGGAAGAAUAGAAAGAGUUUGCUUCAUAGACUAUGCCAUACCUGUCGCCUGGUAAAGCCCCUUCGUUCUAAACAUUGUCGGAUUACAAACCGCUGUGUAAAAGAUUUCGAUCACUAUUGUCCUUAUGUUUACAACUCAGUCGGGUACAAUAACAGGGUUUACUUCUUAGGGUUCUUGGCUUCCAUGUGCUUUAAUUGUUUCCUAGGAACAUACUUGUGCAUUGAUUGGUUUUAUAUAAUGGGUCGAAGCAUUUUUAUUGGAAUUGGAUUCCUCUUCCUUGCAUUUAUUGGUGUUGUUACUGGAAUAAUGUCAGGCAGUUAUCUUUUCAUGGCAGCAAAGAACUUGACAACCAAUGAGCACAUUAAUCAGAAGAAGUAUUUCUACCUCAAGGAUGAAAAGGGUCAGUUCAGCAAUCAAUUUGACAGAGGGAUUUUAUUCAACGUUCUUGAGUUUUUUCAUCUUGAAGAACUGCUAAGAUAUAAAAAAAGAAAUAUAAGACAGCUGAAAAUAGUAUAAACAUUAAAAUAUUACAGAUGUAAUUUUUCAUCAGACAGCUCUCCAUUACAGUUGUGAUUUUAUCAGGAGUUAACUUGAAUUAUUAAGAAGAAAGCUACCUGGCAAAAAAAUGUCCUAUUUCAGGUAUUAAAACAUUGAUUGAAUUUUGCACUAAAGCAGAAGGGCUUUAUUAUAUGCUUAUUUUUCAUAAUAUACUAUGUAAAUAUAGUAAGGAGGCAUGGUUGAAGAGCUGCUUUUUCUGAUUUGCAAUUUUUACAAUGAUAAAUAUGUGCAUAAAAAUUGAAAGUCUUCUUAGUUAGUCUUUAAUAAUGAAAACAAUGGCAGAGCCAUGUGAUGUAUUUCACUUCUUUUCUGUAAGGUUUUAUUUUGUAUUUUAAAACUUCAGUAAUUUAAACUGUUAAAAUCGGGGUUUAAACCAGUUUUUAGCUAAAUGAACAAACUAGAUAUUCCAUGAACACCAGGUAUAAAAGAAGCAAAUGUGCCAUUUUAAUUUGCCUAUUCUUAGCAUUUUUGAACAAUGUGAUGAUGCUGUAACUUGUUAAAAAAAAAAAAAAGUGAACGUUUGACAGUAUGUUUGCACUCUGCAGAACUCACUUCCUGCAACAUUCAUCUACUGAAUGCACAGAUUUCUUAAACACAUGGUGCUAUUUAUUCUGUACCAUUAGGAACCUUGCAUAUCUGAAUUAUUCAAAAGAGAUUAAUUACUAAAUGGUUGUUGUUCAUUGAUUUUUCAUGGGAUACAUUAUA